CCUACUGUCGCACAGCUUCACGGUCUGGCCGAGCGAAUAUAUAGUGAACUGGCUGCAGCUGGUAGGAGGCAUUUGUUGACGUUUCGUCUUUGACAGCCGACCGGAGACAGCUCUCCUCCGUGAAACAUCUUCAGUUGCCCACAAACUGCGUGCCUUGUUGGCUGUCCGGGCGGAGGGAAGAGAGGAAGAAAUAAGCUAGCAGAGACGUCGUUUGGGGUUUUCUUCAAAGAACGAGAAGCAGAGCAGACCCUGAUUGGAGAGGGAAUUACAACCACAGUUCCAGCCACGCAGACUGUCUUCGCCUAGAUCAUGCAGCCCUCAGUUCUUCAUCUACUCUCCUCAAUCUUCCUUCUGUCUCUCCUCAUCCCCACUUGCCUUUCCCAGACUGAGGCUGACUUCAUUGUUCAGACUCGUACUGGUCGAGUUCGAGGCAUUCGCCUGCCAGUCCCAGACCGGAGCUAUGUCACUGCUUUCAUGGGCAUCCCCUUUGCUGAGCCACCGGUAGGGAGGCGGCGUUUUCGUCCUGCUGAACCCAAGCACCCAUGGACUGGGGUGUAUGAUGCUAACGCCUACCCCAAUGCCUGCUACCAGUUUGUGGACACAUCAUUUCCUGGCUUCCAAGGCAGUGAAAUGUGGAAUCCUAACAGAGAAAUGAGUGAGGACUGUUUGUACCUCAAUGUUUGGGUGCCUUCCUCGCCCCGACCCCACAAUCUUACCGUCAUGGUGUGGAUCUACGGUGGAGGGUUCUACAGUGGUUCUUCUUCUCUGGACGUAUAUGAUGGUCGUUAUCUAGCUCACAGUGAGACAGUCAUUGUGGUUUCAAUGAACUACCGGAUUGGUGCCUUUGGCUUUCUUGCUCUGCAUGGCUCCUCUGAAGCUCCUGGCAAUGUGGGUCUGCUGGACCAGAGGAUGGCACUACAGUGGGUCCAAGACAACAUCCAUUUCUUUGGUGGAAACCCCAAACAGGUGACUAUAUUUGGUGAGAGUGCUGGUGGUGCUUCGGUAGGAUUUCAUCUAUUGUCUCCAGACAGUCGGCCUACUUUCACAAGAGCCAUCCUCCAGAGUGGGGUCCCCAACUGUCCCUGGGCCUCAGUCAGCCCUGCUGAGGCCCGUAGACGUGCGACGCUGCUGGGAAAGCUGGUUGGGUGUAAUGGAGGCAACGACACUGAGCUUGUAGACUGUUUGCGCAACAAAACUCCACAGGAGUUAAUUGACCAGGAAUGGCAGGUUCUGCCAUGGUCAGCUCUCUUCCGAUUUUCAUUUGUGCCUGUUGUGGAUGGCGAGGUUCUGCCCGACACACCAGAGGCAAUGCUCAACUCAGGCAACUUUAAAGAUACUCAGAUCCUCCUUGGGGUCAACCAGGAUGAGGGCUCCUAUUUUUUGCUGUAUGGAGCCCCAGGCUUCAGCAAGGACAAUGAGAGUCUAAUCUCCAGAGAGGACUUCCUGGAAGGUGUUAAGCUGAGCGUACCACACGCUAAUGAUAUUGGCCUGGAGGCAGUGGUUCUGCAGUAUACUGACUGGAUGGAUGAGAAUAACGGGCUGAAAAACCGUGAUGCCAUGGAUGACAUUGUAGGCGACCACAACGUUAUCUGUCCACUGGCCCACUUUGCUCGCUCCUAUGCCCAACACAACAUCCUCAAGGCUAACAUGGGAGGACCUGGCUUCGGGAUGAUAAAUAGUGGAGGAAACUCACAAGGUGGAAUCUACCUCUACCUUUUUGAUCAUCGAGCAUCCAACUUGGCCUGGCCAGAGUGGAUGGGUGUGAUCCAUGGCUACGAGAUUGAGUUUGUCUUUGGUCUGCCACUGGAGAAGAGACUCAACUACACCCUAGAGGAGGAGAAACUGAGCCGGCGAAUGAUGAGAUAUUGGGCCAACUUUGCACGGACUGGAAAUCCAAAUGAAGGGCUGGCGGACAGAGGGAAACGCUGGCCUGUGUUCACUGUCAGCGAACAGAAACAUGUGGGACUCAACACAGAACCAUUGAAGAUCCACAAAGGUUUGCGGAACCAGAUGUGUGCUUUCUGGAACCGUUUCCUGCCACGCCUCCUCAACAUCACUGACAACAUAGAUGAGGCAGAGCGUCAGUGGAAGGUGGAGUUUCACCGCUGGUCUUCCUACAUGAUGCACUGGAAGAGUCAGUUUGACCACUACAGCAAGCAGGAGCGCUGCACUGACCUCUGAGAGCCUGAGCAGAGAGAUGAGAAAAUGACAGGGAUGGGGAACACUGAAAGAACAAGCUGUGGCCAUUUUCCUCCAUAGUCCCUCAGUGAAGUCUGACUUCUUUUUGUUAUGUUUUCUGUUUAACAACACACGUAAACACAGGCACUGUCGAUCUUUAUUUAUCUAAUUUAUACUAUUUAUUGUUUUUGGAAUUUGUGUCUGUGUGGAAGUUCAGGGCUAUGGAGGGAACUUGUCAUCAGCGUGGGGGAAUAUUAGAAAUGUCAAAGAUGUGUCAUUACCUCGGGUGUGUGUGUAUGUGUGUGUGUGUGCGUGUGUGUGUGUGUGUAUGUGGCUUGGAAGCCCCGUAGUGUAACUCAGACCUUAUUCAGCCCAUGGCACUGCAGGUUGAUUGUAAAAUCACUUGUCUUUGUGGUCAUCUCAUCAUACUCAGCUUUUGUUUUUUGAGGAUUCCUUCUUUCUGACAUAUCAGGUUUUUGUUUUUUGGACUCAAGACCACUGUUUAUGUGUCAAGUUUCUGUUGAAGCCUUGCAGUCUUGUUCUUAUUUAUUGGUACUCUUGUAACCACUAUUCCCAUUACCUGUCAUGCAUUUUCUGUGUAUUUUCCAUUAGUUAAAGCCAUAUAUUGCAUUGAAUCCAAGUCUUUCCUUGUGUUAAAAGGCUCCAUAAAACUAUACACUCCUUCAAUUUUCGUUAGUGUUAAGAAAACUACUUUGUGUUAGCUCGGUGUGGCAUCUAGGGUUGUAAGUUGGAUUGUUCCAUUUCUACUGUAGAUAACGUAAGACGUUCAGACCAACUAACUGGUGCCUAAUUCACAUUACAUUUCAGAAGUUCACUUUAACUCAGCCUGACAGUUGAAUAGAAACAGAAACAAGUAAGUCACGCUAACGUUUAUGGUCCUCCUCUGCUUUGAGUGGGCUUACAGCUCAGUCCUUCUAAAAUCUCAGCUGUGGUCUGUGUGGGUCAUUACUACUAACAACUGUACUGAAUUAUGUGUGUAUGCACACGUGAUUGUGCGUGUGCUAUCUUAGAUGUGUGUGUGUGUGUGUGUGUGUGUGUGUGUGUGUGUGUGUGUCAUUCACUCAUUGUCAUGUACAGCUGUCAUGUAUUUCAUUAACAUUUCUGUGUGUAAGGCAGUCAUCCCUCUGUUCAUUCCAAUCCUCACUGCUUCAAUUCUGUCCUGUUAUUUAUCUUUCCAUGUCUUUUCCUUCUCUCAUUCGUCCUCCUUAUUUAUUCCUCUUCACAUGUGACCUUUCCCUAUUUACUUCCUGUCCAUUCUUUUUCCACCCAUUUCUAACCCAUCUUCUAUUCAUACUGUGUCUCUUGUGUUCUCCUCUUCGCCUCCUGCUGUUCUUCUCCCUCUGUCAUCCCCCUGUUGUGCAGCCCCUCGCCUUGCUUUCCACCUCUCCAUCUUUCUUUCCUUUAAUCUUCCUGUCCCUACUCUGGCUGUCAUCUCCAUCUCUAAUCAACCUCCACCCACCCUCCUGUCUUUCCUACUCUAUUCCUUUCAUCCUUCAGUCCCUCAUCACCCUUCUUUUUUUCCACUCUACCAUUACACCUUUAUAUACUCCUCUUAGCCUCUUUCCAUCUCUUUUAAUUCCGACCCAUUAACUUUUCUCUUCAUUUUUCUUCAGUUCCUUCCCCAUCCUACUCAGCUGCAUCACUCUUUGCCUUCCUCCCUCUGUGCUCUCCAUCCCUGCCCCCUCUCCUAUCUCCCUCCGUCCUCUUGCUUUCUUGUUAGUCUAAUGGAGGCAGAGUAAUUCACUCAGCAGCAAGAUAAUGUGACAGAGCGCUGGCUCAGCCUCUGGCCUGCCAGCCAACAGGAAUGAUAGAUAGAUGGAUGGAAAAUGGAGGUAAAAAGGCAGAGAGAGGAAAAGACGAGAGCAGAGACAUGGGCAUGGCAGAAGGAGAGGUGGAGAUAUGAUGGAAAGAUGAAAAGACAGAGAAAUACACUUACAUAACGAUAGAAAUACUGUAUGCAUGGUUUGCAGCUUGCACAUAUUACACAUAAGACACUAAUAAUGUGACAAAGCAUUCAAAUUGAAUCAAUUCAUCUGGCAAUGACAGAAAAUAAUAGUCUUUCCCAGCUGAAUUGAUGAAUCUUGCCAGGCCUUUACAGGGUCCCGCCCAGGAACUGAUUGUUUCCUCUUCAAAAUACACCUUUUUAUUUUUUAAUACAGUUGUAACUCAUUUUGAAACAUCAGUGACUUCAGUGGUAAGAUGUACCAACAUAACAAAACAAAACAAAACAAAUGACUAAAGGUUUAAUCUUCUGAACUCAAAGACUGGACUGUUUUAUAUGUUUUAUUUGUGGACUUUUGGUCAGAAAUAAAACAGAAUUUCAGUAAUGUCGAAAGUCUAACAAAACAGUUGACUCAAAAACUUCCUUAUUUGGCCCACAGUUGGCCAUACCCUCCUACUGUGCUGAUGUUUUGGUCUUAUUUUGAUGUCGUCAGAACCCUGAAAGUCCUGAAAGAUGAUUUUGUACAUAUCAUAUGUAGGAUUGUACAUAAGAUAUGGGCAUAAAAGUAGUUAGUGCAUGCAAGUUCCAUAUGCUAGAAGUAUGUUAUUAUGUUGUUGGAGCAAGAUAGUUUACUUCACAAGUUGUUGUCUUGUGUGCAUAAGACCCAUGUUGCUCCUUCAGUAAGCUCAUGGAACAAGAGCAUUUACAUAACAGCUUAUGUCUUUCGUGAACACGACUCAUAUUCUGGACACAUUUGGAUGACAACUUGUCUUUUUGCUGUGUCACAAGUUACUAUGUGGCGGUAACAUGAAAAUUCUCUUCACAAGUAUUUUUCUUGUAAGAACAAAACCUCUAUGUUGUGCACAGAAAAUGAUAAUAAUAAUUUUGCACUUUAGUUAUCUAAUCCUUCUUGGUGUAAAAUCUAGAAUAAUCUUACAGGAUUUUGGGGCCUCUAUUCUGAACAGAAUGCUGCCUUCACAAUCAAACCUGAGUGUUUGAAUCAUUUGUCUGUCUGUCUACCACCCUCAUCAUCUGUGUGUGUGUGUGUGUGUGUGUGUGUGUGUGUGUGUGUGUGUGUGUGUGUGUGUGUGUGUGUGUGUGUGUGUGUGUGUGGUGGCACUGUACUUUCAGUUAACCUCUUUGCCAGUUUUAUUUAAGUACUGGGAGGUAACUGAAUUUGCGCUCCGAUUGGCUGAUGGCUGUCCCAGCAAAAUGUCUCUGUUGGCAUGUGAAGCUCCUAUUUAUGGCUCAGCGUUGUUUAGUUUAGCUUUAAAAAGAACUAAAUAUGAUAAAAAGGAUUGUACCUGAUGUCCAAAAUACUUGUGAAGAAUGCAUGUGUGAAAGGCUGUGUGAAUGACAGCCCCUUCAGCUCCUCUCAUCCAAUGGGAGACCCUGUUUAAGCCCCACCUUUUUCCCUUGCCUUCCUAUCAAGUCCUUGUGCAUGUCCUUAAAUCCACCAUCUCUAGUAUAUCCUAAAAAACCUGGACUGUUAUUUUCUGUAAAAUUUGUACUUUUCAACAAAACUAUUAUCAAAGCAAGUAAUAUAUCUCUAAUGUUAGGUAUGUUUGAUGUUAGCAAUAACAUAAAUACUUCAGUAAAGGAAUAUAUUUGAUAUUUAAAUGCAGUGAAAAUAUAACGUGAUUAUACAGCAAUGAUGAUGGAUAGAGGUUGUGUUUUAAAAGCAAUAUUAUUCUAAGUAUAAACUACAAAUGAGUGCCAUAAAAAUUUUCUUGUAUCUUUCUGUUUGUUUGACUUUGUUUCAGUCCUCUGCCUCAUCAUUGUUUGUUCCAGUCACUAGUAUUAUAAGUGUUGAAGGCUUCUGUAGCUUCCUAGUAUGUCUCUGUGUAUUAUGAAUGCUGACUUGGUUAAGCUAUAGCAACAGAAAUAAAGACACCCUGCUGCUUCUGUC